UCUAGACCGUCGAAUUAAGAUUCAGAUAUGACGAAAAAGGUCGGUUGGACAGAGGCCAAAAACCAUUUCUUCCUUGCGAUAUUCCCCCUCCUUUCCUCCGACCUCCGAUCCCAACAGUUUCACUGUGCCAGUACAAUUCCCUGUCUCGCACCGCUCGAGCCAAAAAUAGCGAUCGCGCCGAUCGCGCCGAGCCGUCGCGGUGGGCCGGCGGGCAAUGGGAGUUGGGCGGGGGCGGUGAUGGGCGCGGCGAGCUCGAGGCUGGAGAAGGCGCUGGGCGAGCAGUUCCCCGAGGGCGAGCGCUACUUCGGCCUCGAGAACUUCGGCAACACUUGCUACUGCAACAGCGUCCUGCAGGCACUUUACUUCUGUGUUCCUUUCCGUGAUCAAUUACUGGAGUACUAUGCAAACAAUAAAAGCACCGGAGAUGGUGAAGAGAACAUGCUAACCUGCUUGGCUGAUCUGUUCUCUCAGAUAACUAAUCAGAAGAAGAAAACAGGGGUUAUUGCACCUAAACGUUUUAUACAACGAUUGAAGAAGCAGAAUGAGAUUUUCCGCAGCUAUAUGCAUCAGGAUGCUCACGAAUUUCUGAAUUUUCUGCUGAAUGAGCUAGUUGACAUUCUAGAGAAAGAACAAAAGGCUGUGAGAGACUCUCUUCAAAAUCUUUCGUUGCAAAAGAAUUCAAAUGGCCCUAUUAAUGGUCAAGCCGAUGGUAGUCACAAAGAACUAGCUGCCACAUGGGUCCAUAAAUGCUUCCAGGGAAUAUUGACUAAUGAAACAAAAUGUCUGAGAUGUGAAACUGUGACUGAUAGAGAUGAAACAUUUUUUGACCUGAGCCUGGACAUUGAACAGAAUAAUUCGCUCACGAGUUGUCUUAAGAACUUCAGCUCAACAGAGACUUUGAAUGCUGAGGAUAAGUUCUUCUGCGACAAAUGUUGCAGUUUACAGGAAGCACAGAAAAGAAUGAAGAUAAAGAAACCACCAAACAUCCUGGUAAUUCAUCUCAAGCGUUUCAAGUACAUUGAGGAGCUUGGGCGCUACAAAAAGCUGUCAUACCGAGUGGUUUUCCCUCUAGAGCUUAAACUCCUCAACACUGUUGACAACUCAGACUUGGAAUACUCCCUUUUUGCCGUGGUUGUGCAUGUUGGAAGUGGACCAAAUCAUGGCCACUAUAUUAGCUUGGUUAAGAGCCACAAUCAUUGGUUGUUCUUCGAUGACGAGAAUGUUGAGAUGACUGACGAGUCCAUGGUACAGGCAUUCUUCGGCUCGGCACAAGAGUUAAGUGGUAACACUGAUAAUGGCUACAUACUCUUAUAUGAAAGCCUUGCUGAAAAAAGUUGAUGCCCCUCUCAUACCAUGUGAUUAGUUAUACAAUUUUCCUUUCCUCCCCACACUUCCUUCUCCUGACAAUAUAGAAGGUUCAGUAAAACUAGAAUAAGCUGAAUGUGAGACCAUUCAGCUUCAGAUGUUAUGGUAGAAUCAGUGUUUGGCAACAAAACAAGUUUUCUGGAGGGGCUCUGUAUGCUAUAGCUGUAGAGGUCCACUAGUUUCUUGUUCCUAUUUAUUUUUCUUUUAUCUGGUUUAUGCGUACAGAUUGUAUGAAACCCAGAAUAAUGUUUGUUGAAAACCUUUGUCAUGUAAAGAUAUAUGCUAUCUUGGAAGCCCUUUGGCUUCGGCUAAAAA